AUGGUAGACAAGAGCCGAGGUUUUUGUUUGUACCACAAAAAUGGGUCCAUUUUACGCGUGGUAGAAGAGGAAUCGGAAAUGCAAUCCAUCUUUUCCAAAGUCUUGGGCGCGUUUGAACAAGAACAACGAAAACGAUAUGGCGGUAAUGGUGGUAAUGGUGGUAAUGAUUCAACGGAGGGUAUUGCUAGAAAUGAAUCCCUUUCUGCUACUGCAACUGCAACUGCUACUGCUGCAAGUGGAAAUCUUGCUCUGGAACCAGCUUCAUCCUCUGCCGCUCCGGCUCGAGUGUCGCCUGAUAGUAUCAAUACUGUGGACGAUCCAAUGACAGCUGCGACGAAUGCUAAUAACAGAGCGAAUGCGACAAAACAAGCGUCCGGUGAAUCUUCCAAAGAAAAGGCUUCUUCGUCUUCUCCUCCUCCUCCACCAUCCACGCGGCGAUCGAGGCGUCAAAGCUCGAAGCGUGGUGGUGUUGGCAAUAAUAAUGGUGAUGAAGGACUCGUGUCGUUGACGUAUAGCUAUGGAUCCAUGGAUUGGGAUGCCAUUGAAAUGUGCUGGAAACCAAAUAGAGGAAAGAGGAAGAAACUCUAG